CAUAGAAAGAGCUAGAAUUAUAUGAAUAUUCCCUCUUUUCAAUAUUUUUUCUGAGUAACGUAAAUUUGUCGUCAACAUUUCAAUCUUCACCAAAAGAAACCCAAACUUCAUUUUCAUAUUCUCUCAACUGCUCGCCAAACAUCUAACUAAUUUCUCUCUCCUUCAUUCCCUCUUUUCUCCCCUAAGAAUUUCCCUAAUCAGAAACCCUAAUUCUCCGAAAAAUCUGACAAACUUCAACCUAUAAUAAUCAUUAAUGGGCGAAUCUCACACUCAUCAUCGCAUUUCUGUUCAUCAAGCUCUCGGCGCUGGCUCUGUUGCAGACGUGCUAUUAUGGAGAAAACGUUGUGGAAGUAUUUUCUUGCUAGUAUCUUCAACAUCAUUAUGGCUUCUAUUUGAACGUGCUGGAUAUAAUCCUUUAUCUUUCGUCGCUAAUGUGCUUUUACUCCUUGUUAUUAUCCUUUUUUUCUGGGCUAAAUCUGCUUCUCUUCUCAAUAGACCCCUUCCACCUGUACCUGAUUUGGAAAUAUCGGAGAAGUCUAUUGAGCAGGCGGCGGAUGUGAUUCAAGUUUGGGUUAAUCGGGCAUUGGCGGUUGCUCAUGAGAUUGCUGUUUGUGGGAAUUUGAGGGUUCUUCUUCAGGUUGCAGUAUUGUUGUGGCUGAUUUCGUGUAUCGGUAGUUUGUGCAACUUCGUCACAUUUGCCUACUUUGGAGUCGUUCUUGCUCUAUCAGUUCCAGUUUUAUAUGACAAGUAUCAGAGCCCAAUUGACAAUAAGCUACAUGUAGCAUGGAGAAUUAUUGAAGCAGGUUAUAGAAAGCUUGAUGCAGUUGUUUUGAGAAAGAUCCCAGUCUCCUUGUACAAGAAGAAGAAGAAGAGUCAGUAGGCUGAUUCGAGUAUUAUAAAGAGGAUGUUUGACAUGUGCACACUACAUAUCCCUAGAAACACGAUGUUCAAGUUUGGUCGGUCGUAGCUGGGGAUUGGAUUUCGGGAUACUUAAUUUUUGCAUUACAAGGCUUUAAGCAGAGUGAAUUUUGUAGCUGGAGACUGGCUGGCUUUUACGGCUUUUGUCCAGAACUGAGAAAGUGUGUAAGAUUUGUUCUAGUGGUGAACUGGAGAUCAUCACUUUUUCUGAUCCAGAAAUUGGUAUACGUUAGUGUAAAUCAUCAGCACUAGGUUUGCUUUGUUGUAUUUUCUCAGUGCAUACCAUGGAGCUGGAAAUAGUUAAAUGCCUUUUCAUGGCAAAAUGUAGAUUUUUAGUUGAAGAUUAGUCUGCUAGCUUUUUGAAAAAAAAGGGUUAAAUGACAAACGUGUUCUAUGUGGAACAUGCUAUGAAAUUAAAGGAUUAUACGUAUCACCAAUUUUCCUUCA